UUGAUAUGCAGUAGAAUACGUGCAAUGUUAUAAUGCUUGUGGUUACUUGGGACGGUUCUUGAGCCCCGCUAGUGAAUAAUUUGAAAAUGGAAUCCUUCAGUAUCGUUAUAUUUUACAACGGAGCAAAAAAUACAAUUACGUCGGCAUGCUCUUUAAAACGCUCUCAAAUCUUCAAUUUUUACACAAUAUUUAUGAAGCCUUGGAAAAAUACUACAGUGGGGAUUCGCUCGUUGGGGUCCGCUACAUGGAAUGAUUCGAUGGUUGGAUCCGCUGGUUGGAAAAUAUUCCAACUAAAAAGCACUCGGAUGUCAAACUGACUGACAUCUGAGAAGAGACAUUUCGUGACAGCAGAAUCUCGGCUCACCUUGACGUACAUAAAUUUCGUAUCGGUUUCUCCCUCCCAGCGUUUACCGAUGUUGAAAGGGCCCUCUUUGAAUGUUAGUCCGGGGUUUUUGUGCCGACUCUAUUUUAAUCGAAUGACUGAAUUCUACCUGAGCACCCCUAGCGAGGCACAACUCGCGCGGCGGAUCGCAACGAUCACAACCGCGAGUAAACAAACAACCGUUUUUAAAACCGCUGAAGUUCGGGAAAGUUUCCGUCCGUGUUCCUUGAUUUUCGCAUUGAAAAAGCCGGAUUUUCGUCCGCGGGAGACGCUGUGCUAUGUCCGAGUCCGACUCGCCGCGAAGCAUCCUUGCCCGGUUGGAACAGCUCAAGCAAUGGCAGCAGGAAAAGCAGCGCGUUUUGUUGCAGAAUCAAAUGGCCCAACGGGAACUGCUCAGCCAGGAACAGCAGAAAAUGUACGCCAUUCUGGGGCUGAAUCACGGGGGAGGGGGAACUGAUCCCUUAUCGGACGGUGUAGGUGAGGAGGAUUCGGAAUUUGAACAAACCAACAUGCAGCGACAAGUGGCAGGGGAACGGAGGCGAAGCGCUAGGGAACAACCUCCGGUUGAAAGUGACGAGGAGAUUGAGAGGGAACCAGUUAAACGGAGGGCCAAGUUACCCGAUUCACCUCCCAAGAAAGUCCCGACGAAGCCCUUCCUCAAGCGAGGCGAGGGGCUGAAAGCUAGGUUUAAAGUCGAUCCUAAUAGGUUUAAGUUGGACAAUUUGCCCAAGUAUAAGUAUGCUAAUCUCGCUAAAUCUAGAGCGCAAAAAGCCAAGAAACAGAAGCAAUCCGAAGAAACGACGGACAAGUCACCGCGUUCGGAGGUCUAUCCGGUUAGGAAGCCCGGAACUCCGAGAGAAGAAUCGCCUCCGAGGGUGGCUUUGGACAUUAAUAAGGUACAAAACAAGAAGCUUAUUGUGCCACAUGAAGAGAAACUGAUUCCGGUUGAUGAAAACGGUUAUGACGAGGAGAGUGUGGAUGAGACGGAUGACGGCGAGGAGAUUAGUUUACUGCCCAGUUUGGAGGCGCUGAAGUUGAAACACGUCGGACGGGAAUCGCAGGACGAUGCACCACACGCUCAGCCGUUAGUCCGACCGAACGUUCCGUGGAAGCAGCAGCUACAGAACGACCCAAUGCUCCUGCGGCAGUUGAAAGAACUAAAGGACCUCAAUCUCUUCGAAUUGCUCGAGCAGCGACUGGCUUCCGGCAAUUCGAGUAUCAAUUCCGACGCCAGUACCCUGUUGAAGUUGCUGGCUGAUAAUACCAUGGACCUGUCUGGACUGUUGGGCCUUUCGGAUUCUACUAUAGCUCCUCCGGUCGCUUCCAAUCCACCGGCAGAACCCUUGGUGCAACCGGAAGAAGUGACUGCGUGUCUGACAAUCCAUCCCAUUCCGGAUCCCAAGAGACACUUCCUCAAGGACAGCGAUCUGUCGAGUAGUUCAAGCUCUACUGAUAGCGAUUCUGAGGAUGAGGAGACUGUGCACGUGCACUUUGCAGACGAGCAAGAAGUGCAGGAAACAGAGGAAAUUGAAACCGAUGUCGAGUCUCACCUAGAAACCGUGAAUUACAGUCGAAUGUCCACUCCGAAGGAUAAAUCGAACCGUGCUUCGGUGGAAGCGGAAGAUCGACGACUAGAACAGACGGAAAAGGUGGACGAGGAACAGAAACGAAUCAGAGAGGACAUUCUGGAGAAGAGCGAACUGCUCAAGCAACGACUGGCUGAGCUGGAGACAGAAAUCGAGAGUUUCCGCAAGGAGAAUGCCGAGCUGAUGCGUAUGAAACAGGAACAUGAGCUGGAGAAAAUCAAGCUUGAACAAGAUCGGGAAGAAAUGAUGGAGAAGCUGAAUGACGAGCGCAUCAAGAUGGAGGUUUACUUCCAUGACGAACGCAUCAAGAUUGACGAAGAAAGGCAGAAGGCGUUGAAGGAAGCCAUGAAGCCGACGAAGAAAGAGAAAGAGGAGAUCCUGAGACUGAAGGAACAGAUAGCCGAAAUGCAGAAGGAAUCGAAAGCUAAGGAGGCGAAGCAUGCGUCCUCCUUGUCACGUUUUCGUUCGCAAAUAAAAAACCUGGAGAAGGAUCUAAAAGAAACCCAGCUGGAACUGGAGGUAAUCAAGAAAGACAACAAGAAACUGGAAACGGAGAAUGCUCGUCUCAAGCGACAGAACAACAAUCGCAUGCUGCUGGAAAUCAACAAGAAUCUGGCGAAGCUGGCAGGUCCUCCGGCGGAACCUUCGGGAGAACCACGACGCAACUCAUCGCCGGAAAAGCCGCGAAAAUACACCGGCAUUGUCAAGAUGAAACCCAUCGAGGUGGUGGAAAAGAAUGUCGUUGGUAAGGUGGCGAAAGCGAAGGUGAUAAGCCAUCCAAGGCGGAGCACAGAUAGUAGGAAAUCGAAAGUCUCGAGUAGUGACGAUGACUCCGAGUCGGAUGAUUCUUCAAGUGUGAGUGAAGGAGACUCCAGUGGUGACAAAGGGGACCGAACAAGGUCAUCCUAUUUUCGUGGCAAGGCGAAGAAGGAACUGUUUCAAACAGAACCCCAAAUGGAUCAGAGUCAAUCGGAGGCAUCAGCGGAUAGAAGCCCAAAAACGGCUGAAUUGAUCAACAGCCUAAAGCGUGAAGUAGUCAACGAGGAUGGAAGCCGAGAUAUUUGGUAUCCGAACGGGAACCUGAAGAAAAUUUCACCGGACGGAUUGGUGAUACGGAUGCUGUACUUCAACAAGGACAUCAAGGAGACCAAUAUGAGCGAGGGAACGACCAAGUACUACUACUUCGAAACAAACACCUGGCACACGACCUACCUGGACGGUUUGGAGAUUCUGGAGUUUCCUGACGGCCAGACAGAGCACCGCUUCAAGGACGGCUCGACCGAGGUGCACUUCCCGAACGGGUCGAUCCGCACGACGAACCCGAACAGCGUGGACAUUGCCGAGGAGUGGAAGUACCCGGACGGGUCCACGGUGAUCAUCAAGAUGAACGACGACAAGGUGAUCAACCUGCCCAACGGGCAGGUGGAGAUCCACACGAAAGCGCACAAACGGCGGAUCUAUCCGGACGGGACGGUCAAGUAUCUGUAUCCGGACGGGAGCCAGGAGAGCCGUUAUUCGAAUGGACGCGUCCGGCUGAAGGACAAAGACGGGAAGCUCAUUUCCGACACGGGUGGCCCGAGGUGAUCGGCGGAUUAGUGCAAGUAAGUGGCAAGAUCUUUG